GGGUCUAUCAGGGCAUUGCACAUGCAGAUGUGAAAGAUUGAAGAGGCAGCAAUCAAAAAACUUAGCAUCCCCCUCCUAAUGUCACGACAAUGUCAAUGAUAGCAUGAAUUUCAACACCAAACGACACGUGUUCACUUCCCAUUGGCUUCUUUAUUUUGUUAUCAAUGCAAUGCUUGCGUCUUCUUUAACACCAAUUUGGUAUAGUUUAUAUCCUCUUAAGAUACUUGUACCAGCUUUUUCCUCUCUUCCUACACUUUAAAACCCCUCCUCAUAGAAGUAGCACCACUCUCCCACUACUACUCUAAAUUAAAUAAUUCCCACAAACCAUUUCGGCUGAGGCUCAGAUCUGAGAACCUCAUAGCUAUGGGGGAAAAGCAAGUUGUCAUAAUGGUGCUGAAGGUGGACCUUCAGUGCCAUCGAUGCUACAAGAAAAUCAAGAAAACACUCUGUAAAUUUCCUCAAAUACAAGACCAGGUAUUUGAUGAAAAAAACAACACAGUGACCAUCAAAGUGGUUUGCUGCUCUCCUGAUAAGAUCAAAGAAAAGAUUAUCUGCAAAGCCGGAGACUCUCUUAAGGAGAUUACUAUCAAAGUACCUGAAAAACCAAAGGAGCCAGAAAAGCCCAAGGAAAAGCCCAAAGAGCCAGAAAAACCAAAAGAAAAGCCUAAGGAGCCAGAGAAGCCGAAGGAAAAGCCUAAGGAGCCAGAGAAACCAAAAGAAAAGCCUAAAGAGCCAGAGAAGCCGAAAGAAAAGCCUAAAGAGCCAGAGAAGCCCAAGGAAAAGCCCAAAGAACCAGAAAAGCCGAAACCAAACCCUCCUGCCCCUGCCCCUGCUCCUGCUCCAGCUCCAGCCCCAGCUCCACCAAAGGAACCGGCACCGGCGGCGCCCUGUACUGGGUACCCACCAUUUCCGUACUACCGCACGUGCUGCUCGGAGUGCUACGGAGGCCACGGUGGUGGGCCGUGUGUAAAUGGUUUUGGGGGCCCACCAGGCCCACCCCCAUGUUAUCAAUACGAUGGGUAUUAUGGAAGGCCGGUGUACGAUAGUUACGGUGGAGGAAGGGGUUACCAAGUGAACAGGUGUGAGUAUGUAUGUGAUGAUAACCCUGGAGGUUGCACGGUCAUGUAAAUUACAAAAAACGGUUACACCUCAUGGGGCCAAGGCGAUAGCGAGCAAUGCUGUUAAUUCAUCGUGUUAUUAAAAGAGAACAACAAAAAUAAUAAAAAGACAUGAAAUAAUAAAUUAAAAUUUGUAACCAAUGUUUUAUAUUGUCUGUGAUGAUGAUGAUGAUGAGGGUAAUUAAUUGAGUCUCGUAUAUGUAUUGUUAAAUGACAACUGAACGAGAAAUUAAAGUGGUGAUCAAGCUAGCAAUAUAUAUGUAAUGUGCAUUGUACAUUUAGCCAUCUCAUCUCUAAUGUGAAACCACUUUUUGCUUUA